AUUCUGCCCUCUUGUCAUUUUAUUAUUCCAGUCUUGAGGCAGGAUCAUGGCAGGCCCAGGUUGUUUGUGUUUGUAUGUCUCGUCUCCUGACUCCACCCCCUCGUUUCCCUGUUAAUCAUCCCAUUAUUGUUUAACCCUUGUCACCUGUUCCCUCUUGAUUUGUUCCCUAUUUAAUGCCCUUGUGUUCUCUGUCCUGUGCUGAUUCGUUUUGUAAAGAUUCAUGUGAUACUUGUGCUGUCUUGACUCUAAACCAGUAUUUGUGCCUUUGUCUGGAUUUACCUGUUUAUCUGUAAGUUAGUGUAUUGUCAGGAAAUUGUUCAAGUUUAUUGUUUUGUAGUCAGGUCUUGUUCAGUCCUAGUUUAGUGUCAGUUUUAUACAUAUUGUCUGUUUAUCUUUGCCUUGUUUUACCCCCUCGUGGGUUUUUGUUUUGUAUCUUUUGUUAUAAUAAAGCCUGUUUGUUCAUCUAUCCUGCAAUUGGGUUCUCACUCUAUCUCCUACCUGGAGAUUCCUGACAGGACGAAUCAGCCAUUUGAGAACCCAGCAGGUAGGAUGAACAUGUCUGCCCUACGAGCCCACCAGGCUCAUCUUCUCUUCGGCCUCAGACAGGGAGAAGCCGAUGUGCGGUCCUUUGCUGCUGUCUUCCACGCUGCUGCUAGGGACUCGGGGUUUAAUGAGGCAGAACUGAAGUGUAUCUACAACCGCUGCCUCAACGAACCCCUCAAACCCUCAGAGAUGAGGAUGUUGGAGCCCCUGGGCUUUGUGGAUCAGGUUCGUUACACAAUGAAUCGUGAGGAGCUCAGGGGCCCAACUGUGGUGAGGCCACCUACCCAACUGCCAUCUGUCCCUGAGGGCUGUGUCCUGGCCAUGGCUUCCCUGGAAGAUCCAGGUCUGCCCACUGUGACUCCUGAGAACCCUGCUCUGUCAGUCAGUCUGCGUGGUAAGCGAGGAAGGAGGAUUUCGUGGGAGUCAGUGUCUGAUGGAUCCUCCACAGAGCCCACCAUGCCCACGGCGGAAUCCACCUUAUCUGCUCCACGACCUAGAAGGAAGAAGAGAAAGAAGCGAGCUUCCAGUCCAUCUACUCCGUCUCCUCCUGGGCCCGCAUCAGAUCCACAGCCAGCUGCAGCGCCCCCUGUCACGGCUCCACAGCCAGCUGCAGCGCCCCCUGUCACGGCUCCACAGCCAGCUGCAGCGCCCCCUGUCACGGCUCCACAGCCAGCUGCAGCGCCCCCUGUCACGGCUCCACAGCCAGCUGCAGCGCCCCCUGUCACGGCUCCACAGCCAGCUGCAGCGCCCCCUGUCUCGCCACCGCUGCCGGAUGCAGCGCCCCCUGUCUCGCCACCGCUGCCGGAUGCAGCGCCCCCUGUCUCGCCACCGCUGCCGGAUGCAGCGCCCCCUGUCUCGGACUCUGUCUCACCAUCUGUGUCUGCCUCCAUUUCCAUGUCUUCCUUGGACUCUCUUCCCUACCCAGCCAGCCCUGUUUUGUCUCAUCCUGCUCCCAUGUCUGCCCCCUUUGCUCCAUGGAACCCAACCAUGUUCCCGUUCGUUCCCCCUGCCGCUGUCCUGUCUCAAUUUGUCCACCCUGGAACUGUUCCUGUCCCGUCUCAGUUUGUCCAGUCUGGAACUGUUCCUCAUGUGUCUCCUCCCAGACCUAUUUCCAAGACCCCCACUAAACUUGCCCGUACUCCUCGUCCUCGUCCUCAGCCAUCGUCUGAUUCCCCUGGUCCUAAGACUUUUUGCCCACCCAAGCCCACCCUACCUGGACCUUCUCCUAUAAACUCUGUUCCCCCUCCCCCCCCUCCCUUGUUUAUUGUUUUUAUUGUAUCACCCCAACCCUUUUGUAAUUCUCCAUUGUUUGCCACUGCUGUUAUUUGUCAUGUUUCAUUGGGUUCUGUCAUGUAUGCAGUCUGUCAUGUCCCGUCUUUAGUGUUUUCCCUGAGGAGCGUCUGGGAGUCGCUCCUUAAGGGGGGGGUUCUGUCAUGAUUCUGCCCUCUUGUCAUUUUAUUAUUCCAGUCUUGAGGCAGGAUCAUGGCAGGCCCAGGUUGUUUGUGUUUGUAUGUCUCGUCUCCUGACUCCACCCCCUCGUUUCCCUGUUAAUCAUCCCAUUAUUGUUUAACCCUUGUCACCUGUUCCCUCUUGAUUUGUUCCCUAUUUAAUGCCCUUGUGUUCUCUGUCCUGUGCUGAUUCGUUUUGUAAAGAUUCAUGUGAUACUUGUGCUGUCUUGACUCUAAACCAGUAUUUGUGCCUUUGUCUGGAUUUACCUGUUUAUCUGUAAGUUAGUGUAUUGUCAGGAAAUUGUUCAAGUUUAUUGUUUUGUAGUCAGGUCUUGUUCAGUCCUAGUUUAGUGUCAGUUUUAUACAUAUUGUCUGUUUAUCUUUGCCUUGUUUUACCCCCUCGUGGGUUUUUGUUUUGUAUCUUUUGUUAUAAUAAAGCCUGUUUGUUCAUC